CGCAGGCGCACGGGUGGGCGGCUGCAGUGUUACUUUGUGUGGUGGAGUGUCGGAGUUCGAUCGAGAGCGGGAUCGUUGUCUGGGCUACGUAACAUGUCCUUGCACCGCUAAACGAGUCCAUAAGACCGAAGCUGGAGAACUCUAUAUAUUUUAAAAUCUUCAACUUUUGUGAUGACUUCAGAGGUGUCACACCUCAAUGUGCUAACACAUUAUCUGUUCAGAGAAGGCAUGGCAUAUUCAUAACUUUGAACAUGGAGUGUGUUCCCAUAAGUCUUUUCAUUUAAAGUAGACACUGAGCUGUUGAGAUGGCUGCCACAUGGUCAGAUGACCUUUGCAACUUCAACGCAGUUAAAGUUUCCAGAAAAUUUUGAAUUGAAUUACACUGGGUGGCCUUCACCUUGAAUGGAUAUACCCAGCAACGUGCCCCCCCCCCCAACCCCCACCUUGUGGGUGAUUAGUUUGAAGUCCAGAUCAUUCUGCUUAUGUAGUCCCCAUUUCUGUCAUGAGACCAAAGCUGGCUGAAGAUGAUGGCUUUUGAUCUGAACACUUCAAGACACUGCUGAAGGUUGCAGUACAAGAGCAACAAGCGUCAGACAUGUCAUUUGCUGAGAAACAGUUGGAAUAACUUGAGGAAUUAUCGCGUUACAUCGUAAUUCCUAUGUUGUUGUGGCACAGGAUCUACAAGUGUUAUAAGCUUUGUGCCCCUGACCUUCGAUAGCUGCUGACUGGUUAUGAUUCACCUUUGAGAAGUGAUGAAAUUUCUUGCCUGGAACUGCAACAAUGAAAAUGUACGAUUGCAAGAGGGGAUUCUUGCCACCGUAUCCAAUAUCGAAGCCAAUUCGCAAUGAUGUCACCUAUGCUGCAAACAGGACAUGUGCGCAUCCAGCAUCCACACCCCCUCAGCCAAAUAGCCACACUAAACCUGUUGAGAAGACCCUCGAAACACUCAACCAGAUGAUUGGGACAGUUCAACCGAUGGCGCAGACCCAGGAGUAUAAAUCUCAACAGAUGCUUUCGGUUGUUAAAGCUAACUCGCAAGCACAAAACACUUCAGUCCACCAAGUUGUUUCACAGGCAGCAUCUCAACCUCUUCCAAGGAAAUGGCCGAUCCCAGUCCUACCCAAAGGCAGUACAGUAACCAGCACAAGAGUACAGCAGCUUGCUGUCAACGGACUUGUAUGGGUGACUACCACAAGCGCUGGCCAAACUGUUCAGACUCCGAAUGCCCACAAAAUCUAUUCAGCGAGGGUAUUACCAGCCUUCAAUCCAGUUUCAGCUAAUCAGAAUCUAGCCCACUCUUCGAAUUUGCUAAUUUCGUUAUCAUCUGCAAAUGGGAGUGUACCUCAAAUUUCAAUGGACCAAACACAAGUCAAUGUUUCUGAACCUCAAGGCAAUGGUAGCUUAAUUUUUGGUUUAAUGGCAAAUAAUGUAGUGAAGUGUGACGGGCAGAUACAAGGUAAGGUGACUUGUGGCAAGGUAGGUACAGAUAUGAACAAAGGUCCUGAAGGAAUUAUAACCCAGAAUGUCCCCCCUCAACUUGGCCAGAGAAGCUGGCCAGCUCUUACAAAUGGAGCACAAGAAAGAGCUGGCUCUUCCAAUAAUACUCUGCCAGUUUCUGAACAGACAGGGCAAUCCGCUUGUUUGAGUUCACAGCCAACUACGCAGCACACUACUAGUAAUUCUUGGUUUGCAUCAGCAAAUUCAAAUGGCCAAAAACGAAUGGUGCUUGCCCGGGUUACCCCAAUGUCUCACGACUGGAAGGAUUUGCAACAAAAUCCACAUUCUCUUCAGUCUGCUGAUAACUCCAACAUCAAGGACGUGCCUGUGGAAGGCACUCAGUUGCAUGAUAAAUUAAGUGAUCAGAAUGGAGAAUUGGAAGAUGCCUGUUCAACUUUGGCAAAAUCUAUUGAAAUGCAAAACCAAUCAUCCCUGACAGAAAUGACUGAACAGAAGAGAGUUCCUCCUGCACCAGCUGUUCCUCCCCUCUCUCUCAAACCAGAUGUAUGCAGUCAAGAAGAUGUACAUAAUAUUCACUUUUACUUUACACCUUCAACUAUGAAUGAAGUCAGUAUUAUAACUUCUCAGGUGUCUUCCAGUUUCAGUACCCAGCAGAAUUUAAUGUCUUCAGGAAAUCUCAUUUCAGCUGCUAAUGUAAGCUCACACAACAGCGUCCCUGUGACCUCCCAGUUGACUGCAUUGUCUGGGCAUUGUAACUUUGGAGUAUCAUCGGUGGGCAGUUCAAAUUCAACCUUGCAGCAGACAGUGACUGCAUCUCCAGUUGAAAUGGGGGCUUUGUGUAAUAGUGAACAGCAGAGUACUCUUCCUUUUCCUGGUUCUCCACAUUCUGUAAAUGUGCUGUGCUCGGCAGUCAAUAUAGCAUCCACAAGUGAAGGCAAACAAACAAUUCAGCUUGUUUCUUCAGGUUCUACUCCUUCAUCUGAAGCAUUUCACGCUAGCAACUCGUUGCACUCUGUUUGCCUCGUACCCAGUGAAAGCUCUGGGAAGCAGGCAACUCCAGGCCUUGUACUUGUAGUCCCACCGUCUGUGCUUGUACAGAAUUGCCAGAAUGUGGAGGCUGCUUCUAUCUGUCAGCCCUCCACAGUAUUAACUGGAGAAGAACACUUGCCAGCGAGACUUACUGAAUGCAAAGGUGAAGCAUCCAGUUUAGUUGCGGGUGCACCUACUCCAGAGUCUGAGAAAUCUAACACUGCUCAGCCAGCAGCUGCCAGUCCAUUAAACCUGACUGGACAACAACAUGAAGAAAUUAUCAGCUCGCUGACAGCCGGCGGAAUUGGGGAACCGGCAAAUGGCGUGAAUACGUCAGUGGACCCCAGUCAGAAGACUCCGUCUGAAGUAUUGCCGUCUUCCACUGAGGUCAGUGGGAAGAAGAGGAACCUAACUUUGGAUGCAGGGGUCUUGUCGAAAGACUGUGGUUUCCAACACUGCCUGAUGCUGUGUGAUGGUCAGGAAAAUGUAACUGAUAGUCCGCCUCACAAAAGGUUCAUGGCUUCUGCUCUGGAGGGUUUGUCAAAGGGUGAAAACGUAUGUAAAGAUGUGCCUCUACCUGAUGAAAAGGAAACAACAAACUCUUCAGAGUUGAUGAAGUGCAGUGACAGCUCAGAGAGACCUGAGCUUAUAGUUGAUGAUCAGACUGUUGCCAAAUGUAAUAUACUUCAGUCUGAGAUCUGUAUCACUGGGGUGUUCUCAUUGGGAGACAAUACUGGGAUGUGGAAGACCGUUGAGCAGAGCUCCCCCUCCCCUGUGGUUGAUCUAACUGGCUCUUCACAAGAGGAAUUGAAUGACGAGUCUACAAUAAAAGAAACUGGAGAAUCCAGUUUGAAAGACCAAGAAGCACAUGAAGAUUGUGAUACUGUGAGGGAAAAUCCACAAGUGCCGAGUUCUCCCUUCUCUAAUUUAGAGUGUGAGCGAUGCCCGUCAGUAAAAGAAUCUUCUCAAAGGGGGCAAGCACAAUCGGCAUUGGAAGUCUUGCAGGAAAAACUCCCCAGUCAGCAGACCCUUCAAACUCAUACUAGCCAGGUGAACAUUUUAAUAGAUCUAACUGCAGACAAAGAUGAUUUUACUGAGCCUCAACAGAGUCAUUCAGUAUUACCAUCUGAUUACAAAGAGCAGGAUGAGAAAGUGGUUUCUGACCAGAAUGUCACGUCUGUUGAGAUUAAUAAUUCACCUCCUUUAAAAUUUUCAGAUCGUGAGCCUCAGGGUCUUGAUGAUCUAUUGCAUUCAAUUGACACAGAAAUUGAAACUUUAAUGAACUUCUGGAAUCCUUAUCCUUUCAAAUUUGCACAUGCCAACACUGCAAAGUCAGCCAGCAAACACUACGAUCAACAAAAAAGUGAAAAUUGUGAGCAUAAACAGCCAAGUGUCGCUAUAGAAACUGCGAGUGUUUCCGAAGAAGUGCAAAUGCCAGAUGAGCCUGUGAAAGCUAGCCUGGUUGACGAUUUGGACUGCAACUCGUCUUAUAAUAUCAAGGUACUUGGACACACUGAGAUCCUGAACCUGCUUGCUGAAAUAGCAAAACCAAAACUAAAUGAGAAGCUGCCUCCAGGAGGUGUAUGGUCUGAAACGUUCGAUCGCUCAGAUGUGAGGCUGAAAGAGGAAAUGCCAGGUAAACCUUCCCAGAAUGCCAGCAGUGACGUGUGGAAGGCUGGCAGUUCCAAGGCAGGGGCGAUGAAGCUUCCAGGUAGACCGUGGGGAGACCAAAGUCCUACAUUGCAGCCUGUCACCAAUAAGAACAGCUGUGCAAAGAAGACGAAACGGGAAAGGAAGGAAUAUUGUUGUAUUAAUGCCUGGCUAGCUGCAUCAGGUGUGCUUGGCAUAUACUGCAAUUGUAAAUUAUCGCAAGGCAAUAAAACUGAAAACCAGUUAGAUUUGCGACAUGCAAUGCAUGAGAACCAAAAUAGCAAUGAGCCUAGUGAUCCAAAUUGUAUUGGAAAACACAUGGAUGUAGAGGCCACUUUACACAGUGUGCCUGUUGCCACCCAUAGAGGACAUGCUUUAGAAGUAUCUGAGAGCUGGAAUACUGGGCCCAGAAGCUGCUCCAAUGCUGCUCCUGACUCUAAUCGGGAUGAAGUUUUGAGAGACGUUCAACAAGAAGUGUGUGUUGUUCAAGCUAUGCAGCAACAGGCUGGUGCAAACAAUACUCGAAUAGAAAACAAUGAAGUGGAAGGUUUCUGUAAGCCAGGCAUUGCACACUUAAGUUCUCUUAGAAUGUCUGAAGAACCGGUUGGAUUACCCUGCAAAGCUUCUUCUCACGAGAAACCCGAUCGAAAGGAAAGCAAAGACAUUUCCCGAGAUCUGGUUGAAGUUCAACCAGACAAAGACACGUGGACUGCUCUGGAACUUGAUGAUCAAACGACAAAUGGGAACAGAGAUCCUCCUUCAGACAUAUUGAGAAAGAAAAUUGGUGACCAAACUGACAAGUGUAACACUAACCGCCACCUUGGGGUCAAGCUAGGAUUCAAGGUCAUGAAAAGGAAACCUGAUGCUUCUAAUUGCCGGAGUCCACAGAAACAAAGGAAAAGUGAAACUCGGGGAAAGGAAGGAAAAUCUGCCAAGUGCCCUAGUCUGGAGAAGAACUGUACUCCGCAGAAGAAAACAAGAUAUGAUGCUGAUGCCAAACAUCUACCCAACUACAAUUGUCAUGUUAUGGUCAGGGAUAAAACCUACUCUUCAUCGGGAGAACGUGCUGUACUUGUUAAUCUAGUACCUGUUUCUGGAAAGUUCUGCAAAACUAAGGCGAAAAGAAGAGCCAAAUCUCAAUAAUUGCCUAAUGAAGAUUUUGUCCUUUACUGGCAUCCUUUUUAAUAUUGACCCUUUUAUUUUUUUUAAAAGAAAUAUGUACCAUUUAUUUGUAUGAAUUACACUGGUGCUUUUUUUUGGUCUUUUGUAACAAUUCCCUCCAAUCUUACUAAUGGCACGGAAAUUGAAAGGCUUUGUGCAAAACGUUUGAUUGUUUGUCUUAAUUCCAAGUUUAAUAUGAUCGGAUGCUUCAUUGAAAGGUUCUGUUGGGUUUAAGUUGUAUGCGGUUCCCUUUGGAACGAUUAGUUUGAUAUUAGAUUUGGUCAGAAGCUGUGAUAUUGACUGACUUGAGUACCUCAGUUGAAUUGUGCAUGGUGCUCAAUUUCACUAUAUACGUCUCACCAAUUUUCAUAUAUAAGUAUUGAACAAAGUGCCACUGUGAACAACGAAAUAAGUUACUGGGUAAAAGUUUCUUGUGAUAAGUCCAGAAUGUAUUAUGAUUUUAUACACUGGUAAAUUUGCUUUACUGUUUACAAAGGCAUUUUUCAUAUUUAACUAUAAUUUUUACCUCCGUUUUCUACUGUGCAAGUUAUGUUUUGAAUGAUGUUUGACAGUGAUAGAAAUUAACUAUUGUUUUUAGUUUGUGGUUAGUUCCUUUAUUUAGAUUGUCAGAAUUGUACAUUAUUAAAGAGUAUUGACAAAGUUCAAAUCAAUUUCUAACUUUACUGUGAAAUGGUUGCAGUAUGCUGGAGAUUUGGAGGAAUUUUCAAUUUGAGUUUGAAGUGCUGUUUUUUUUAUACAACCAACAUUUCUGAAAGCAUUGUAACUAUUAUAAGUCUAACACUAAGCUUUCAAAUCAACUUUGUGUUAAUGUCUUGAAGGUUAUUUUCUUAAGGUUAACUGUUUUAAUAUAAUGGCAGUAAGAUUGAGGUUUGAUGUGAAGAUAUUUCUUUGAAUAGGCCACAAUUCUGUAUAAAUCUAAUCCUAUGUUAAGUGCUCUGCAGUAUUGUUCCAUCCAUCUUUCAGCCUUGCAGACAACCUUUAUUAAAAGAUUUCCUUUAAUAAUAGAGUAUUGGAGACAGUUGGUUAAUUUUUGCACAUUAACUGUUGACUCGUUUAUGCUAAAUCUUCAGUUUGUGUUGCUCCUCUCCUAAUUCAAAUUACUCUAAAUUCUCCCGAUGAAUACAAUAGAUAGAAACCUGCCUUUUCUCUGACACUUCAGUUAUCUCAGUUGGCUGGACACUUGGCUUUCAAUACAAAGUAAUGCUAAUAAUAUGGCUUCAAUUCCUAUAGUGUGUGUGGUCACUGUAAACAUCAGCACCCUUUAUCCGCUGUACUCUGUAUUUGCUAGUCAUUUUUCUUCUGUCCGACUGGUUUAGAUACGCAAGGCUGGAAGCGAUUAUCAAAUUGCAUAAAAGAAUCCUGACCACCUGAAUGUGAUUCAAAAUCGCACUUUAUCCUUGACUGAGUUUAAUUUGAUGCAGUUUAAAACCAGACUGACAAAGAGAACUGAUUACAAGAGAGCUAUUUCAUGUGUUGGGAGCUGGGAGUAUUCUUUUGGACUUAAUGAAUACAGAGACAACAUUCUAUUGCCUAACUUUUGGCAGGACAGGUUACAGAUGCAACACAAAAUCUGGAUCAGAGUUUAACUAUUACUAAUAGUGAGCCAUAAAUCAGCCAUUGGUAUUUGAGCUACAAAUGAAACUGCCUUCGUAUUCUGCCAUUGCACUGGCUAAUUCCAAGGUAAGCUGCUGAUCAGAAUUUUAAACAGUUUAAUAACUUUACUGGGCCCAGUAUCAAGCAGCAAGUCACUUUAGCUGUUUUGCAACAAGUGAGGGACUAACCAUAUCGAAAU